AUGGUGAAGAAAGCUCAGUACAAGAAAGAGCGCUUUCUGCGGCAAAAUGUUCUAAAGCUAUCACCUGAUGAACUUGUUGCUCUCGAAUCAGAAAUCAAGAAACUCAGUGAUGAAUUUGACGCAUACUGUGCAGAAUGGCUUGGAGCCAAAAUUCCUCAGUCCCCAGUCCAAACUGAAGAAAUGAAUACGGGCUCUAAUGAACCUCAAGCAUCUGUUCUUACCAUCCCUGAAGAAAUUCCAGCCACUAGUGGUGAUGUUAGUGCUGCUGAAGAAAUGGAGACCCAGGCUGCUACUGAAGCAGAAACUGAAAUUCCUCAGCCUGUGGCUCUUGAGACUGUGAUUCCGGAGGUUGUGAAGACAUUGACAGAUACACCUCAGCCCAAGCCAAAGAAUCCCUUCUCACAGAAGCCGAAGUUCAAAGCUGAUGAUUUCUUCCAUGAGCAUUGGUCAGGUAGUAGCCAUGCAUCAGUCACACAGUGGCCAGACAAUGGUCUGGCUCGGCCCGAUGCCCAGCCGGGUGGUACUGCCGCAGGCAGCGCUCCACGGCUCGCGGCCGUCGUCGCGCUCCCCGCGUUGGUGCUGCUCCUCGCCACCGCGCUCGCGCCUGUGCCGGACCACGUCCCAGCAGCUGCCGCCGCCGCACCUGCCUGCUGCUUCGCCCGUCUCCGCACCAGCACCGGCCCUGGUCCUCCACCUCCCGCGCUGCUCUGCCGGGCUCCGGAGCCGCUGGCCGGCUGCUCCCCUCCGCCUCGCCCGUGCGCCCGCUGGGCCUGGGCCGGCUGUGGCUCCAACCCUCGCCUCCGUUCCGCGCAUGCACGUGCGACCGACUCCUCCAGUGCCGCCCGUAGCUCCGGCCUCCCCCGAGGGCCUCCUCCACCCGGCUCCGCCGUCUCGUCAUGCAUCCGGGAACGUCCGGCUCCGCUAGCUCCUCCUGCACGCGCGUCCGGCGCCCGGCGCGAGCCAUCUGUUACUCCGUCGCGACCGCGCCAACUCGCCAGCCGGAUGCUCUGCCUCCACGCGCUCGCACCAGCUGUUGCCGCGUCCGCCACGCCGGCUCCGGCUUGCCGUCCCGGGCCGGCUGCUCCUCCGCCUGUCGCCGGCUCCCCCGCGCCCAUGGCCUCCCGCGCCGCUCCGCUGCACCACCUCGCGUCGGCUCUGCCUCGCCCGGCCGGCUCCGCCCCGCCACCCGGCCGGUCCGCCCGCCUGCCGGCUUCCGCUACUCGGCUCCCAUGGCCGGCUGCUGCGAACAAAAAGAAAACAGAAGAGUGA